UGCCAUCAAGUAGAGUAUAAAAGCAGGGCUCUUUCUGGGACUUCACAAAAUCUUCCUCUGAGAUUUUGAAGGCAACAAUCUGAAAACAAAGGUUCAUCAUGGCAAUCCUGAGAACUCUGCUUUUUCUUUGCAUUGUGUUCUCCAAUGCAGAGGGUAAUUUGGUUGAAAAAUGCCCUUAUGGAUGGAAAAAUUUUGGAGUCCGAUGCUUCAAGUUCUUCCCUCAGACGGUUAACGUGAUCACAGCAGAGAGAAACUGCCAAAGUCUUGACUCAAAUCUCGCAUCUGUGCACAAUAAAAUGGAAAAUGAUUUUCUGAUGAGUCUGUUGCCACCUUCUUCCACACACUCUUGGAUUGGUGCUCAUGAUGCUAUACAAGAAGGACAGUGGGUGUGGAGUGAUGGAACUCCAUAUGACUACACUAACUGGUGCUCUGGUGAACCUAAUGGCGGUGGUGCAGAGAACUGUGUGGUGAUUAACUACAGCUCUAACGUUUGCUGGGUCGAUAUAACCUGUUCCACUUCAGCGGGCUAUUUUUGUGCUAAAGGCCUGUAAAACAUAUGCAGUCGCCCUGCUCCACAGUCUCUUUGAUUUUACUACAUUUACAUUUUCUUGGAUCUUAUGUUUACAAAAAUAAAUAAAUAAAGU